AUGAAGCAUCCAGUCUCUCCAGCUGCCCCAGAUUUGCUGGAGCCGCCAGCAACCAUCAUUGACUAUCUCUCUGCCGAUCCCCAGUAUUCAUAUUUUCUCCGGCAUAUUCAGCGACUAGGGCUUGUGCCUACCAUUAACCAGAUGGCCAACGUGACUCUCUUUGCACCAGUCAAUCUGGCCUUUGUGGAUAGCGAACUCACAGCCGGGGAUUCUGCCGCAAAUCUCUUGCGCUACUUUGCCGCCCAGCGAUUUAGGGUGUCGUAUAUUCUAGGCACUACAGCCGUGCUCGACUCGCUUUACGAAACCAAGCGUUCGGGAGACGGAGCGCACUUUUUCCCAUUGAAAGUCGGCGCCUCGGAUGCAAGAGAAUCUGGCCCGUAUAUGGUUAACGACAUAGCAGAAAUCCUUGAAUACGACGGCUAUGCGAAGCACCAGCACUCAUUUAUACAGACUAUCGACCACUUGCUUCCGCUGGCGGUUUCAAUGUGCAGUCUACUCAUGGACCCGAGUGCCGAGACCCACGUUGUGAAUGGCCACUCCAUCCGGUUUGUGAAGCUGGUCUUCCAACUGGCUUUUGCUACUGAGAAACAUGGCCCGGCGCCGAUCUCAUGUGACGAUUUUUUGGCCAAUGUGUCCACCGUUCUCGUCCCCACAGACCGCUAUAUUGAGAGCUCACUUCUGGACAUGGAAAAGCGGUAUUAUCUCACGCUCCACCAUGGCCUCAAAAACCCCGAUCUAUACCCAACGAAAGAGGCGGUGCGUGAAAUGAAGACCGACUAUUUGUCGUUUCUUCUGAACCUCCUUUUACCCGACUUGGUAGGUGGGGUAAAUGGCACUAGCCUGUCACAGUUGCAUUCCUCCACUUGGGGCCAGAAUAGCUACAAUAUCUCAUUUGACCCCAACACUAGCCUAGUGCGGCUUAAUAACAAAAUAUGGAGCGCUGCGAACUCGACUGCCUUGACUCUCUCCGAUGGGCUUCUCCAUAUAUUUGACUUGGACUCGAAAGACCCAACACAGGCCGUGGAUUUUGUUGACGCAUGCAACAUAGACCGUGUGGCCAUGAUUCCGAGAAAAACUCUCUUUGCGAUGCACUUCUCGAACCUAGUGCGUGAGUUGAGGUUUUACAAGAAAGCACAUUUGAUAGAUGAGUCUGCGAUGAACCAGACGAUUCUCGUAGAUGCAUCUGACCGAGAUGACUUUUUCGAUGAAGAUUAUGUCAGCUCCAUUCAUCUCAAUCGCCAGCAAAUGCUGUACAAAUUCAUAGACGGGUUUGUUGAUAUGAACCACCUUUUAAGCCCCGAAAGCCCACGUUUUCACGCGCUAUUGAACUCUAAACUUUGUCUGAAAAAGCGUAUCAAUUCUUGCUUCAGAGUCAAAGUCUCGGGCACUCUUGAAAGUGAUGGAACGAGAAUUGUCUUCAAUGACAGAUUCGAGGCGGGCUCUCCAUUUAUUGCUCUUGGGAAUAAUUCCAUUUAUGUAUUGGAGACUGACUUCGCUGUCCCGGCAUCUUUCAAAAAUGUGGUGGCUCAACUUAUCUCCGACGGGACUACGAGAGAAAAUCUAGAUCAUGUCACUGUGGACAAAUCCUCUUGCUUGCAGACCCUCAAAUAUUUCGAGGAAUUUGAUCUUCUUCUGCUAAAAGACAACCAUAAAGGAUACACCGUUUUUCUUCCCUGUGGUCGUCCAAUCUGGGACGGCAACGAAAGAUCGCGUAAUAAGAGGUUUGUUUCAUGGGACAGCUUGGGUUUGAUUCUAAAAUACUUGGAAAAAAAUCCUAAUCUAUUUCAAACGGUCUUGCAAGACAAUUUUUUCGAAGACAUGAUCUAUUCCGACUUCGGCUUGGAAGACUCUCGAGAAUCGUCGCGCCUUGUGACAACACUAAAUGGAAACUCUGUGAAUAUCUCAGAGCUAUACCACGAAGGAGACUACAACCACAUAAUUCGAGUGAAUGAAACUGCGAUUUCAAUACCGUUGAACUCAGAUGUCUUAUUUCUUCAGGGAGUUAUCCAUAUCACACAGAAGGUGUUAUUGCCCGCAGAUUUUCUGGUGAGCUUGAAGGAUUUAAUAAAUGCUGAACACGACUCUUCACUAGAUACGAGCUCUUUUGCAGGUUUGAUUGACGAGUUCCCCAGACUUGCGAACUUGGUUCUGCUUGAUAACCCCACGGGCUCGGAAUUUUCAAUCAUGGCUCCCACUAGCGAACUGUUACGAGAGUACAACAUCACCAGGGACUACAAGCGACUACUCGAGUUUUUGGAGUUGCACCUCAUUUCGAAUUCGGAGGCAGACAUCUUGCUCAAAUGCAUGGGGGUUCCUUUCUUUGAGAGCCGGAAUCUGAGCUACACGAUUCAAACUAGCAAAGCAAAUGGCGCCUUUACAUGUCACACAAAUCCGCUUAGCGGAAAAACGUUUUUAUCACUUCCCCAAAAGCUGGACGUGUACAGCGCGUUCACAACCGCAGUCAAUCACAAGGUACGAGUCAUGAACUACGGGUGCUCUCAACAAGGAACUGCAAACUCGAGCUGUGUGUUUCUCUUAGACAGGCCACUUGAUGUGGCUUGGUUUGAUAUCCCAGACAACUUUUUACAUGUGCAUAUUGGCUGGAUUAGUGUGGGCAUAGGCAUUGUCAUUGGAGUCAUUCUUUUUGGAUUCUUCACUACUACAAUCGUCUUGUGUCUUUCCAAAACAGGAAAGAAAAAAGAUCAGGCGCCAGAGUUAGAAGGGUCAUACAAGCCGGCGGGAUCAGGCUACAUGCCAAUCACUUCGAAUGAAGAUCCACUGGCAGCAAACUUCGACCAUGGCUACGAGACAGAUGUCGACUUGAUGAGAAGUGAAACCGACCAGCUACUUCCUAAAAAUGGCGAAAGAAGACCUGGUUCUGUGCGUGGACUCUCUCCUGCUGGGGGCGUCCCAAGCGCCCCUUUAAAAAUAAAGAAGCAAGGAAUCCUAGAGACUAUCAACAGGGAGCGGAAUCUACCCCCACUGAUGGUCUAG